AUGGGAAGAAAAAAUAAAAAACCCAAUAGAUACAAUAUUAUCCAACCGCAAAUGGUUACCGGCUCUGGAGGAACCAGUGGAUUAGUCGCCGUCAAGCCGGCGACAAGGCUAGUGGCGAUGCUGGAUACUGAAUCGAAGGAAGUUAGCACUCAAUAUGAUGCUCAAGAACUAACUUUAGCAGUUAAUGAGCAAGAAUUUAAUCAAAAAAAGCAAGCACUAGUAAACAAAUAUCAAGAUUGUAUUAAUUUACAAUCUAAACUUAGUCAAUUACAGGCAAUUGACCCUAUUCAUCAAAGAGACAUCUUGGAAUUAGAAGCCGAACUUAGGGAAGCAGAAACUAAAUACAAUGAUGCCAUGACUAAGGCUGCUACUGAAACUGAUCCUGCUAAAAAAGCCCAAUUUAUUGCUGCUGCUCAAGUUGCUGAACAAACUAUUAGGCAAAUCAAAGCCAAACUUGCUAAUAAUCCCUUAUCCAAAUUAGCACAGUAUAGUUACAUAAACAACAUAGGCAGACUUCUUAAUGGCAAUGUUCCUUCAUCUUUACCAGGAAAUAGAAAUAGCACGAAUGGAUCUAAUUCAAAUUCUAAUGGAGGUGGUAGUUCUGGUUCUAAUAAUCAACCAUCAACUAACCAACAGCAACUCCUAAUUUUUGCGGGCAUUGCUGUUCUAACUAUGACUAACUCCCAAGACCUAAAAAAUAAACUCGGUGAAGCCACUGAGCAAAUCGAAGCCACAGUUACUCCUCUUUAUACUAGUUUAGAAUCCUACCAAAGAGGUCUAAUUUUAAUGGCUCUCGUUGCUUUGUUAAUCUUCACCAUCUACUAUCUCACUAAAUCUGAACCAAAACUAUCGGCUAAAAAAGAAGCCCAAACUAAAAGAAUAACCAUGUAUAACAUCGACCAUUACUUUGAUUUUGAUUCUCCUCCCAAAUCAGUCAUUAAAUCUAAAAAAAAGAAACAGCAACAACAGCAAAUGCUCCUUUUACUCUUGUUAGCAGUUGCUGGUGCUUAUUACUUUAUGAUUUAUUUACCAGAGGAGGAGGCGAAGAAAUUGGAAACUAAAUUACAAGCAGAACUUGAUCAAGUAAAGAAUGCUCAACCAGAUGAUGUUGCUGAAAUGCUAUCUACUUUACAAACUUAUAAGAAAUGA